AUGGAGAAGGUUGAGCCUAAAGUCGCCGUCACCACCGGUGCCAUGGCCGAUGAAACUGCACCCGAUGAUGCGCUUGCCCAGCUGCGCAACCUGAAGGCGCAUCACCACUGGGAUCCCAACAUGCCCGUGGAUAUCAUCGACGAGGUUGAUGAGGCACUGCACACGUCCGACAAGGGCGCCCAGAUCGAGAUUGCCCAUGAGCUACUGGACAACUCCCCAUACCCCGAGGUGCGCGCAGCCGUCCCCAACGUCGACGAGGGUGGCCACAGCAACACCAUCCGCGCCUGGACCAUUGGUUUGAUCUUCUCGACCAUUGGCUCGGCGCUGAACAUGCUGUUUUCCAUGCGUCAGCCCUACAUUGUUAUCCCGUCCUACAUUGCCCAGGUUGUCGCCUAUCCCGUGGGGAAAGCCUGGGAGAAGCUGAUGCCCAACAAGGUCUUCCGCAUCGGGGGCUUGGAGUUCAAUCUCAAUCCGAGUCCGUUCAGCAAGAAGGAGCAUGCUAUCGUGGUCAUCAUGGCCAAUGCCACUUUCGGUGGUGGUGCGGCCUAUGCGACAGACGUCUUAUUAGCCCAGCGUGCCUUCUACGGUCAACACUUUGGCUGGGCAUUCGAAAUCUUCAUGUGUAUCUCCACACAGAUGUUGGGCUUCGGCAUGGCCGGUUUCUUCACGCGUUUCCUGGUCACACCGGCUGCUAUGAUUUGGCCGUCGACCCUGAUCAACACUGCCUUGUUCUCUGCACUGCAUGACCACUCGAAACCCGACCCCCGCAAGGUGUCUGGAUGGACUAUCGGCCGAUACCGUCUGUUCCUGUACGCCAUGAUCGGCUCGUUCUGCUGGUACUGGUUCCCGGGCUACAUUGCACCUUUCCUCAGUGUGUUUGCUUGGGUCACCUGGAUCAAGCCUAGCAACGUCGUCAUCAACCAGCUGUUUGGCGGAUGGAGUGGACUGUCGCUGAUCCCCAUGACUUUUGACUGGACUCAGAUCUCUGGUUUCAACUUCAGUCCGUUGAUCGCACCCUGGUACGCAAUCGCCAACACCCUCAUUGGUAUGGUGGUCUUCUUUUGGAUUGUCACUCCGGCCAUUCAUUACUCGGGCUUGUUCUUCUUCAAAUACCUGCCGAUGAGCGACUCAAACAGUUAUGACAAUACCGCCACGGUGUACAAUGUGACGAAGAUUCUCACUCCGGACUACAUCUUUGACGCCGAGAAGUACCGAAACUACUCGCCGUUGUUCUUGUCCACCACUUUCAUGCUCAGUUACGGUCUUUCAUUUGCCAGUAUCAUUGCCGUGCUUGUUAAUACGGCACUAUUCCAUGGCCCGGGCAUCUGGGCCCGGUUCCGCCGUAUUGGCCAAGAGGGCGAGGAUAUUCAUGGCCGCCUCAUGUCUCGCUUCAAGACCGUGCCACUGUGGUGGUACGCCACAGUGUUCCUGAUCAUGGCCGCAAUGGGCCUCGGGGUGGUGCUCGGAUUCCCCACGCAUCUAAGCUGGUGGUCCUUCUUCAUCGCCCUGAUUAUGGCUGCUGUGUGGUUUAUUCCUCUCGGAAUUGUCAAAGCGUCCACCAACAUCGACAUUGGCCUCAAUGUCAUCACCGAAUUUGUAAUUGGGUACAUGCAGCCGGGUCGACCGAUGGCCAUGAUGCUUUUCAAGACGUACGGCUACAUCAGUAUGUACCAGGGCAUGUACUUCUCGCAGGACUUGAAACUUGGUCACUACAUGAAGAUCCCCCCACGGGUAACCUUCGCCGCGCAGAUGGUCGCCGGGCUAUGGUCGUCACUAGUCCAGAUAGGAGUGCUGAACUGGGCGCUGGGGGCUAUCAAGGAUGUCUGCUCACAACACCAACCCAACCAUUACAGCUGCCCAAAUGGCCGGGUUUUCUUCAACGCUUCUGUGAUAUGGGGUGUGAUUGGGCCAAAGAGAAUGUUUUCCAUCGGGGAAUUGUACUCGCCAUUGAUGUUCUUCUGGAUUGCCGGCGCGCUCUUCCCUGUUGUGAUCUAUUUCGGGGCCCGGGCAUUCCCAUGCAGUCCCAUCCGAUAUCUCAGCGCGCCACUGAUCUUCGGCGGAGCGGGUCUCAUUCCCCCGGCCACACCACUGAACUAUCUCAGCUGGGGUCUCGUCGGAUUCAUCUUCAAUAGGUUGAUCCGCAACCGCUGGCGCGGAUGGUGGAUGCAGUACAACUAUGUCCUGUCCGCCGGACUGGACGUCGGUCUCGCUCUUUGCACCAUCCUCAUCUUCCUCGCGCUCAACCUGACCGGCAAAUCGUUCCCAGAAUGGUGGGGCACACGCAUUGCCACCAACACUAUGGAUGUCGCGGACACGGCCAUUCAGUUGAAGCUCGCCGAGGGUGAGACGUUCGGCCCUAGCAGCUGGUGA